GCCACCAGCCCACUUCGCCGGGUGGCAGCACCCCUGCAAACUUACUGUCUGGCAGCCUCGCCUCGAUUUAUCUGUUUGUUUCAACUAAUUUGUUUAGUUUUCCGCGAAUAAAUAGAUAAAAUCGGCUUGAAGCGUGCAGCAAGCGGCGGAAAAGAGUUCGGCUGCUAGAAAGUGUACCACAGGCGAAGAAACCCUGGUCGUGGCGUGCGAAUAGAGCGCGAAAACGGCGGGUGAAAAAAGUGCGCGUGUGGGAAAAGAGGUAUAUAAAAUACAUCGCUUGGCCGGAGUGCAGCGGCAAACCCAGUCGUAAACAAUUGUAAUGUGCUGAGCCGGCAUAGCAGCUAUUCACUAUGACGGAGACCUUCGACGAGGAGCUGUUCGAGACGCGCCUGGAGGCGCUGAAGGACACGCAGGACGGCAUCCAGCAGAUGUCCAACUGGUGCCUGCAGCAUCGCUCCAACCACAAAAAGAUCAUCCAGUGCUGGCUUAAUGUUUUCAAGCGAGUUCGCGUGGAUCACCGCCUCGUGCUCUUCUACCUGGCCAACGAUGUCAUCCAGUACAGCAAGCGCAAGCGCUACGAGUUUGUCGAGUGCUGGGCCACGGCGCUCCAGCGAGCCACCACCAUGGUUAGGGACGAACGCGUCAAGGACAAAAUCCUUCGCAUAUUCAAGAUCUGGGAGCAGAGAGAGAUCUACAACGAGGAGUACCUCAGCGACCUGAGCGGGCUCCUCAACAUAGCUCCGCCAAAAAAGUCCCAGGUCGACGUGAGCGACGAGUUCCAGAACGCCACACUGAUAGCCCAGGUUAGGGAGUGCGUGGAGCUGGCCGAAGCCACCGACAAGAGCAUGAAGAAGCUGCCCAAACCGCCUACCUUUGAGAUCGAAGUCAUCAAGCAGCAGCUGAAGGACAAGAGCCACUCGGGCGACAUAGAGAAGGAGGUGGAGCGGUACGUGGCCUACAUAAACGCAUGCAACAAGAACCUGCAGAACGAAAUCAAGAGCAGAAAGGCGGUUCUGGCCGGCCUGGAGGCUGCCAAGAAGUUCUACGAGCACCAAGGGAAAGAAGUGAAAGUGGUGGCAAGUGCCUAUAAGAGCUUCGGAACUAGGAUUAAAAUUGUUAAAAGAAAGCUAGACGAGACCAUCCCUACCCUGGCCAGUCCCAUUCCAUCCCCGGACAUAAACGCCCCCUCGCCGGAGCGAGAUGCCGAUCUCCAGUUGCCCGAUGAGAACAACUCAUCCCUGGGAAUGAACCUUUUUGGCGGAGGCUUGAACGGCUUUUCCAGUUACCUGGACAGCGGAAAGCUGCCGUUCGACAUAAACGACUUCAAGCGGGACUCGAAGGACCAGGGCAGCGCCAUAGAGGUAAUCGGAUCUCGGUCGGACGACGAGGGCUAUGCACCGAAUGCCAACUUCUACAAGCCGGAGCCGAUCUCUAGUUCGAAUAAUAGCUCCAUUCCUGGUCUCGGUGGAGGAUCGGCGGAGUAUACGCCGAAUCCUCCUCUAUUCGGAUCCAGCAGCCAGGACCAGUAUGUGCCGCCACCCCCAUCCCAUAUGUAUGGAGGAAACGGAAGCGCAGUGGGCAAUGGAAGCCAGGAAUACGCUCCCUCGUCUAUGCCACCGCCACCCCUGCCACCAUCGCUCGGACCAGGGGGAGGAGGGGACGACUUUAACAGCACAUGGAACAUGAGCAUGUCGUGGACGGCGCUGGACACCAGCCUGAACAGCAGCGGGGCCAGCUCCUCUUCGUACGCGAACCAAUCGACGCCGCAUUCGCCGCCCCACUUUGAGCGAAAGGGAAACGCAGGGGCCGCUCCCAUCGAAUAUAAUGAGCACCUGCACACUGAUUCAGCAGCGUUGGGCGCAGAGGACGUGGACCAUCGGACGUUGCAGCUCCCACCAGCCUUCGACUUUGGGGCCAAGCUGGGAUUGAGCAAGGACAAGUCCAGGCAGCUGGUGGACAUAGACCACAGGAAUCUAAUAUCCCUCACUGGUUCGCCGGGCGGAGCAGAAAAGGUAGACCCUUCAUUUUCGGUAUUUGAUGAGUUUUCUGGUGGGGAUGUAGACUACCGGAUCGUACCGCAUCCCAGUGAGGAUGGAAUGAUGGCUCCCCCAGGAAAUAGCUAUGCCAAGACGAAGGUCAGCUCUCCCCAUAAAUCGAAUGCCAGCUCUUCAUCCGAAUCGGAUCGUGUGGAUGGCUCUGCCCGGUAUGAUCCUGCGGAUAUGGUGGUGGAUAUGGACAUGUCGGACGACGACAUUGAUGAGUCCUUGAGAGAACCAAAGGAGAAUAAUACGGGAGAUGGCGACGCAAAUGGGGAUUCAUCAUCCCGUCCUGUCUUGCUUGAGACUCCUUCGGAGUUCAUGAAUUCCUGGGAGUCCAGCAAUCCAUUCAUGGGGCCUCCCAUGCCAGAUCAGGAUCAGGAGCAGCUUCAACACCAGCAGCAGAACCAACAGCAGGGAUGGAAUCAAAUGCCUCCGAUGCAAAUGGGCGGAGGCGGUGGUCCUGCGCCGCCACCACCGCGCCCGCCUUUCGGUGCUCCCUUCCAGCCAUUUCAGAGAUUUCCUAUGAACGGUCCGGACGGACCAAUGCCCGGACGAGGGCGAGGCAGAGGACGAGGCGGCUGGAACGGACCCGGCCCGAACGGUCCCUUUAGGCCGCCAUUUCAGCGUAUGCCCGGUCCCGGAUUCGAAGGCCCUGGUCCCGGGCCGCGACCCUUCUUCCCGCGCGGCGGCGGUCCCGGAGGUCCGAUGAGGGGUCGCGGACGGAUGCGCGGUAAAGCUUGGAUGAUGUAAUUACAUAUUAUAUAGAUCUUCACAAUCACACUGACAACAACAAAAAACAGGAGAGUCACCCUCUCGGCUUUAGUUUUAGUCUUCAGCUAUCUCACCUUGAUUUUAUUGAUAUUUUAAUCGAAAAACAAAAGUUAAUUGUACAGAACAGACAAAUCACAUUGCCCGAAGCAGCUGGAUUGGUUUCCCUUGGGGCGGUUGGUCUAUGGCGUGGACGUUGGUCUAACAGUGUACAGAGCGUGUUACAUGGUUUCGUUCGAUCUGUACUUUUAGCGAAGAAUUCAAAUGUAUUAGGCGUAUUGCAACCCUUCACCCAAAUAAUUCUUAACAAAAUAAAAAUGAUUAAUAGCAGCGAGCUAGUUCUGUGUGCUUUUGUAAAAUAGAUACAAGAAUACUAUCAAGUGUCGGUUCAUCCGCCCUGUUCGUCAACGUCCUGCCGCCUUCCACCAAGGGGCACCCGAGCCAACCGCUUUUAAGACUUAAUUCACAGAUCAUUUUGAGAGCCGUAACUGUAGGGCGAUGCCUUAGCUUCUACAUUAUCCGCUUCAUUUAGUUAGUGCGCCAUUGCCCCUAGUUGUAAGCCUAUCAUAGACCUACUCGAUAUUGUAAAUAGUUUUAAAAUAAGUCUAAAAUGAAUUGAUUACUUGGACCGCUCUUCACUAAAAUGUAAUUUUUAACUGACCUUCAAGCUUAAAUAAAUACACAUAUUCCAAUUUGAAGCUAUUACAAAUUUUUAGCAAUAAAAAGAGUUGAAAUAUCCUGAAAGAGGAAGUGCAAUAAAGUUUAUUUGCUUUGUGGUAGAGGUUUAGUAUCGCUGGUCUCUCCCAAUAUCAUUAAAAUGUUUUGUGCAAUUAAUGAGUUUUGUGGCACUUUCAUGAUUUUUUAAUUGAUUUACGGUGAAGAGCACUUCUUUUUAAUUCAUUUUGGGCUUCUUAAUUAAACACUAGCUAUAGAGUAUUUAAGAUUGUAAAGUCUAUGUUUAAAAAUACAACCAUCAAUGUGAUAUCCAAAGAA